CGGGCACCGCCUCCUGCCCGCCCCAGCCCGGCGGCGGGCGGAAGCGCGGCGGGGAGAGCCCUCAGCCCUUCCCCGCCAUGGAGCUCCCCAGGCUCCGGCUGCUGGUGGUCGGCGAGGAGCUGGACGAGGCCGAGCUGGCGGCUCUGAAGUUCCUCAGCCUCGAGCACGUCCCCAUGAGGAGGCUGGAAGCCAUCCAGAAGGCACAGGACUUCUUCGAAGCGCUGCAGGAGAAAGGCAUGAUGGAGGCGGGGAGUCUGGCCUUCCUGAAGGACUUGGUAAAUUGUGCUAAGGGAUGUGCUUGGCAACACGAUGAAAUGGUGUCCUGCACUUCUUUUUCUAGAUAUCUACUCUUUCAGCUGUCAGAAGACAUCACCGAAGAUGAACUGAAGUCUUUCAAGUUUCUUUUGGGGAAAGAAUUACCAAAAUGCAGGCUAAACCCUAAGACUACAAUGCUCGACGUUUUCAUUGAGAUGGAGAAGAAGGGGAUUUUGGGAGAAGACAACCUAAGUAUGCUGAAGAGUCUCUGUGCAGAAAUUAACAUCGUCCUGUUGAAGAGAAUUGAAGAGUAUGAAUUAAACCUAUUUGGUGAAGAAGAGAUGCUCAUUCCAGAGGAACAGAGGGGCAGCACAAAAGGCCCUGAAGGUCAUGCCAGAUGGCUGGCGUCAUCUGUGGCGCCUGAUUCUCCUGGCAGUUGGAAUGAAUCUUCCCAGCUUGAAGCUUAUAAAAUGACUAGCAGGCCCCGUGGAGUGUGCCUGAUCCUGAAUAAUCACAAUUUUGCAAAAGCCAGGGAAGCAGUGCCAGAACCAAAAAAAUUGAAGGAUCGGCAUGGGACAGAUGUGGAUGCAGUGGCUCUGAGAAGAGUUUUUGGCAAACUUCAUUUUACAAUAGCAGAAUAUAGAGACCUCACUGCAGAGGAAAUCCGUAAGAUUGUGAACAUCUACCGGUGCGAAGACCACAAGGACAAAGACUGUUUUGUUUGCUGUGUUCUGUCUCAUGGGAAAAAAGGCAUUGUAUAUGGUGUUGAUGGGCAGGAAGUACCUAUCCAAGAACUGACCACUUCUUUCACUGGACAGAAUUGCCACUCACUUGCUGGAAAACCAAAAGUCUUUUUUGUUCAGGCCUGCCAAGGUGAUGCUUGCCAGAAAGGUGUGACCAUUGAAACAGAUUCUGGAGAGCAAGAUUCUUCUGUAGAAACAGAUGCAAGAUUUCAGCUCGACUGCAUCCCUGCAGAGGCAGACUUCCUCUUGGGCAUGGCUACACUUCAAGAUUAUGUUUCCUACAGAAGCCGACGGCAGGGGACCUGGUAUAUACAGGCAUUGUGCCAGCACUUGGAGUACAGCUGUCCUCGAGGAGAAGAUAUUCUUACCAUCCUGACAGCAGUGAAUCAAGAGGUGAGCAGAAAGAGUUGUGAGCCGAAUGCAGAGAAGCAGAUGCCACAGCCCAGUUUCACACUGAGGAAAAAGCUUAUCUUUCCUGUCAACUAAAUGGGCGGGAACUGCAUGGUAGAGGGAGAUGCAGCACACUGGAAUCGGCUGGUAUCAACUAAAACCAUAACAGACUUUCAGUAUCUGCUCUUACCACAAGAGCAAAUGUUUUUAUUGAAAAAACAGAUGGGGAGCAAAUGCCUUAAGAAAUUUGUGUUAGUAUGUGUGACAUUUCAUACUUGAGAGCAUUUCUGAGCUGGUCUCCAAUUUGUAGUUUGCUAGCUAAAAUAUGCUGUGUCCUCUAUCAGCUGAACCACAUUGCUCUUGCGUUAGUAAGGUGUCUUCUUUUAAAAUUUGCAUUGGAAAGAUAACUCUUACGAGGCCUUGUGUGUUUUAUGCCUAACUUCUGCAAAAUAAAGGUGGGGGUGCUGUGAAUUUUAUAGGAUAUAAUCAGCUUACAUCACUGUGGUUUGUCACUUCUGCCCACCACUUAAAAUCACUCAUUCUUAGUGUCUUGGUACACCUCAAGGAAAAGUCAAGCACUUGUCCUUCAGCAUCCUCAGCAGGAUGUAGCUGUGACCUGCAUUUCAGAGUGCUCUUAACAGUGAAUAGCAGUUUCUGACGUAGAGCUUCAUGUUUGAAGAUGUCCAGUUACCCUGUGUUCACUUAUGUUACUGAUCUUUGAGUCUCAGUUCUAAGCACAGCAAAAGAAGAAAUCACUAGAUAAGUACCCAGCUCCUUAGAAACAUUUUUGUAUUGCCUUCUGUCAUUAGUGUGCACAUAGGACAGGGAGUUUUACAAGCUCUAAAUAGAAGCUAAAGGUUCGUUAGUCUCUCUGUUUUGUUUUGAAAUGUUCAUUCUGUUACACCCUUGUUUCAGCUUUCAGCAUUAAUGAUAUCAGUGCAGGCAAUUACUUAACUACACCAGUAGAUCCUCACUGGAGUUAUUUUAAGAGUAAAGCCUUCCUGUGCUGAAUACUUUUUCUCUCUUUGGUACCAAUUUGUGUCUGUGAAGAUAACAGCAGAGAGAUUAAUAGACUGAGAACAAUUAGAACCUUAACAAGCGGCACAUGCAGCAAGCAGUUACAGAAAUGGGCAAAUCUGUGCUUCCAGAUUUUAGGAAUAAUUUUCCAAGAUAGUUGUUGAUGCUUGUUUAGGGAUUCAUCAUGAAACCAUUAAGAGUUGUGCUGAAGCAAGGACAGCUUAUAUACAGAAGUUUGUCUGUUACUUGGGCAUGGCAAGAAAUGUGCAAGCCAAGAGAAAGAAACCCAUAUUUAUUUUUUCAAAUAUUCAAUACAAACUGCAGCAAACAAGCAUACUACUUCAUGGGCAAAAUAAUUACUGCAACCUGUUUUAUGGGGGAUUUUGUAACCCAGAUCCUCUCUCUCCCCAUGCCUACUGCUCAGCACUUUACCUCUUACAAGUCACCUGUGUUCUUCAGCAACUUCCAGUUCUGUGCAUACCUUGUGGGCUCCCUGCCUGUCACAUUGGCUCCAGCCAGGGAUCAGGCAGAUCAGACGUACUGAACUUUCACAGUUCCCUUUCCAUUAGAGGGGAAAGCUGGAUCUUUGGUCUGCAUUGUUGACAAAAUCUAAGUGAGCCAAGAGAUUCUGAAGUCAGAGAUGUCUGACUGACAGCAUGCUCACACAGACUUUUUCCUUAGGAAGUAAAAGGAAGAAGAUACACCAAAUAUAGUUAGCUAUGUUCAAGGAACUAGUUAUCUCAGGCAUUCAUGGUAAAAUAAUUUGGGGUUCCAGCAAGAUUGACCACAUACCAUAAACAAGGUCUUACCAAGAAUAUCCUCAUAUAAUGAGUUAUGACUCUGAUAAGGAAUUCAUCAGUUAGGAAUCAAAUCUGUCAGUUAUCAGUCUCCACCCUUAGUCUCCUCAUACAAAGCAGCUGACACCUAGCCAGUUCACAAUCUGGCAGCUCCACAAUCACUUGUUCAUAGGAAGGAGGCAGGCACUGACUUGGGGCACCAUCAUUGUGUCCCUCCCUUUGGUGCUGUCUUGUUCUCAGUUCAGAGUUAAGAUUGUAGGGACAGAUCCUCAGGUAAUCUGACAGCCUAAAAUCUUAACUAUAAACACAAUUACGUGGAAUUUUACACAAAGUUUUGCCAGUAUCCAGCUUUCUUCAGCAGCUGCUCUCUUCAGUAAUUUCUGGAAAUAUUCUU